GUUCGGUUCAGAUAUAUGGGCUCGGAUUUUGUUCUCGCUGCGAACUCAGCGAGCCGGCUGUGAAGUCAGCGCCGCCGCUACGUUUCCGAAGCCGUUUGCGCCGAAGCCGAUUGCGGCGGUUCGCAAGACGGCACAAACCAACACUCCACAAAAGAUUCUUUGCUCGUGCCAGUUGCGCGCGAAACCUCAAAUUCCAUGGACUUCUCACGGCUUCUGGUGCUUGCGUUGGUGGGCGUCGUCGAUGUCUGCCAGAGCUUUGCUAUCCGUGCUCAGAGCGGUAUGUCCAGCCGCCUUACGCCAGGGUGGAUUGAAAACGUGUCGUUCGUACUCCCCAUGAGGGGUAUACAGUAUCCUCAUCACCACACGGCCGUCGUCACAUUUGCAGGCAGGAAGAACGCAGAAUACCUCGAUGGGGCGGUGAUGCUGGGCAUGUCCAUCCAGAAGUACCUGCCGGAAUACGUCAGGGUGGCCAUGAUCAUUGAUGGCAUGAACUCGAAGAACCAGCGCCUCCUUAGAAACGCUGGGUGGAAGUUGGUCACUGUACCGGACUGGGACAAGGAGUAUUGCGGGGAAGGCUGCGAGCAGGAGUUUUUGGGGCGUUGGCAUGAUAGUUUCGAGAAGAUUAAUGCUUUCCGCUUGCCCUUUAAGCGGGUGUUGUUCAUGGACUCGGACACAUACAUUUUUAGGAACCGCGUCAAUUAUUUGGUGUCCGAAUUGAAGCUGCCCACCGUUGACCACAUCGCAAUGGCGAAGGACGGCUGCAAGGACGAGUUCAACAGUGGGGUGAUGGUCUUCAAGCCGGACCUCGAGGUCUUUAAGGCGAUGUUAGUCAUGGUCUCGCAGCGCCGGCGGGAGCAGAUCCUUGACCAGACCCUGAUCAAUGAUUACUACAAAGGCAAGAUCUUCCCGAUCGACCGCAUGUUCAAUUGCGUGGACACGGUGGGCAUCCAGCCAGGCCAGACAAAGCCGUGCGAGCACCACUGCAGCAAGAACGCCGUGAUCGCCCACUUCACUGGCCAUCCGAAGCCCACCUCGGCAAAGAGGCGGCUGCUCGAGCUCGUGCGGCGUCCUGGUGCCCCCGCUCUGGCCUGCAUGCACACGAAUUUCGGGUCCUGCGGGAAGUGGUCCGAGUACUACUGCGACAUCCGCAGGUACAGCAGAAGCCUCUCGACAGGGCUCCAGGAUCAGCUCAAGAACACGGGGUCCUGCUGCCACCCGCACUUGAUGACAGGAAGGGAGAAACAGAAGGCUGCCAAAGGGAACAACUUCGAGACCUGCCAGGAGUGCCCUGCAACUUUGAAGAUGUGGGCCCCAAACCCCCAAUUGGUUUCGCUUGCGGGCGUGUACGUGAAGACCUCUCUCCCGUCCCGGAAGUUCAACGGCGGACGGCCCAUUUACCUUAACAUGGACAGCGACUGGAGACGCGCACCAGUGUAUCUGUUUUUCAUGCAGCAGACUAUGGCCUGGGCGCUCGGGGCGGACUACAGAGUCAAUUACGCCUUUGGGUUCGCUGCCAUGGAAGCCCAGUGCCCCAGGGAUACCAAGUUCUGGUCCUUCCACAACGGGACGGCCUUCGUGAGGAGCAAGUUCAACAUCCAGGCCCACGCCAACGGGGCGAACGCCCCGAAGGACACGAACCACAUCGCCUGGAACGUACACAAGCGCGCGUGGCAGCGCGAGACGAUCGUCUGGGAGGACGGCCAGCUGGGAAAGGCGACCGCGAGCGGCGAGGACGACGCGGCCGCGGGCGGCCUGGACGCGGGGCAGAACGCCACCGAGGGCGAGGAGGCGGCCGACGUCGGCGCCGAGAACGCCACGGCCGCCGGCGCCGAGGAGGACGACGGCAACGCCACAGAGAAGGGCGAUAUUGACGCAGACGAGAACGAGACGAUCGAGGUCGAUGAGAAGGGUGACAAGAACCUCACCGAGGGCGGUGAUAUCGACGCGGACGAGAAGGAGACGACCGACAUCGUUGAGAAGCAUGCGGAGACCGCAGUCGAGAGCGAGGAUGACGAAACCCCGAGUAGCGGCGAGGAUUGAGACUGCUUGGCCCAGACGUCGUGAGAGAGCGGUUGGGAUGCUCGUGGAGCUCCGCACUCCACGGAAUGUAAAUAUUCAUCACCAGCAGUGCAGCUCAGGCACACUUCGAGCCAGGUCUUGGUACACAUGGCCUCCUGGCCUAGCCAGAAGCCCAUCCAGUUUCCCCUCUGAUGUCACGAAUUCCUGGUGGCAUCGGCCCAUGGGGCUCUUCACCCUUCCCUCUAGGCUUCUUUUCAACCAGACAGUGUGGAGAAUCUUGGGAUUUGCGCCUGCUUCUUGGUGUGUCCCUGGGCCCCUUGCAGCUCCACCUCUGCCCCCGAGACCCCACCGGUCCGGUCCCCCCCCCCCUUUUCUGAAUGUUUGCGGGCGUGUGCCGGGCAGCCGGGCGCGCCCUGGCACGUGGGCACCUUCUGCCGGAGAGUUUUCCGAUGCGCCAUCUGUCGCCGGGCGCGUUCCACCACUCGCAAAGUGCCCACUCGCAAACUUCCGAAAAAGAGAAUGCCAUUUGCGAGGUUGGUUACUUUGCUGCGAGUAAUGGGGCGCGCUUGUCUAAUCGGAGAUGGUGGCGAGCCUGCGGAGGCCUCGCGUGAUGUGAUAGUCCUCUCUGUGCACCAGAGUUGUUGGCGCUCCGCGCGGAUCAGAUGCAAGAAAUCCGCGCGGAGCGCGAAAAGGCUAUGCUUAUGGCCUUUUUUGUUCGUCUAGUCUCUUCCCCCCCGCCUCCUCCUGCCGUUGUUCUGCAGGGGCCCGCGCGCCCUGGGCGUGCCCCCGCCUUCGAGGCUUGGCACCGCCGCCGCAGCGGGGUGCCUCCUUCGGCAGAACUUGCCGCGCCUGGGACCCUCGGGCAGCCCUCAUGGUGCCAGCCGAAGAGCAGAAAUCCGCGCCAUCGUACUCUCUCGUUGGGGGGCCAGGCAGUCGAUCUGCUUCCAGAGGGCCAACAUCUGGGGCACGUCAAAUGCCGUUCUCACAUUCUGGCCACUUAGCGUCUAUGGGCACAACGUGCAUAGGCACAUGCGGGGUGGACACGUCUGUAGACAUCGCGGCCGUUGCGUUCGGCGUAGUACAUGGUCGGG